AUGGAGAAAAGUAACGAGUCUCCCUCCAAGGCAGAGAUUUCAGCUGAGAGGAAGGAAGCGAAAUCAAUAAGGCGGGAUCCACCUAUCUAUCUAUCUAUCUAUCUAUCUAUCUAUCUAAUUUUUAAACAUCUAUCUAUCUAUCUAUCUAUCUAUCUAUCUAUCUAUCUAUCUCGAUGUAUCUAUGUCAGUUUGUUGGUGUCUCUCUGUCAGUUUCUUUAUAAUCUAUCACGUUAUCUAUCCUUCCUUCCUUUCUUAUCUAUCCGUGUGUGUUCAUCUGUAAACAAAUAUGUCAAGAGUGUAUCGAUGGCGGCUCCAAUCAUUCCUUGGCACGUAAACAGUUCGAACGCAUGUCUGCCUACAAACACGCACGCCCCGUUGAUUGUGGUCAGGCUACGACCAACAGCGCUUAGCACGCAGAACAAACCGCCGUUUUUACUAGCGUUCGGUCCAAUAUCCCCUUUACCACCCCGUCCUGUCCCUGGGGCACGGCAGGUUGAUAUUGAUUGUCUUUCAAACCCAGAACAGGACGUGCUUGCCAAACAGAAAUGGCGUAAGCGUGUCUCUAUUGUCACCGGGACGUCAUGUCCGGUUGGCUUCGGCUUGGUCUUGUGGGCAAAGUCUUCGCUCGGGACUUCUUGGUCCGCCUGCAGAAACUCGCCGAACGUGUCUACCCAGAGUCGCAGGUGUUCGAUCUCAUCAUCAGAGAAGACCUCUUCAGAAUCCUGUCCAAGAUUGGCUGCUACCUUGAGUCAUUCCACAGUGACAUGCGGGGGACUGUGCAGUUCAAUGGCAGCACCUCUGAGCCCUUCAACAUCUUCAGGGGGAGUCAAACAGGGAUGCGUUCUCGCUCCCACCCCCUUCGGGAUGUUCUUCGCGUUGCUCUUAUUUAAUUUUAUAAUAUUUCUCUCUUUUAUUUGCCUUUCUCUUUCUGUUUAUUUUAUCUCUUCUUUUCGGGUUCCUCUUUUUCUUUUUAAUUUCUUCUGUUUUCUUUUUUUUCCACUUUCUUCUUCCUGUACAACCCUUUUCUUCUUCUUCUUCUUCUUCUUCUUCUUCUUCUUCUUCUUCUUCUUCUAUCCUUUCACCUUCCUGUUUCUUCUUCUUCUUCUUCUAUCCUUUCACCUUCCUGUUUCUUCUUCUUCUUCUUCUUCUUCUAUCCUUUCACCUUCCUCUUUCUUCUUCUUCUUCUUCUUCUUCUUCUAUCCUUUCACCUUCCUCUUUCUUCUUCUUCUUCUUCUUCUUCUAUCCUUUCACCUUCUUCUUCUUCUUCUUCUUCUUCUUCUAUCCUUUCACCUUCCUCUUUCUUCUUCUUUCUUCGUUUCAAAUCCAUUUUUACUUUCAUUCUAUAUACGUUUUGUUGUCCUCUUCUUCACCCCUCCUCCGCACUUUUCUUAUCAGUGGCAUCCCGGUGGGAAGCGAUGUCUUGUUGAUAUUCCCGCAAGAACUACAUGGAUUAUUCUUUCCAUUUACGGAUUUGACAUUAUCUAUCUAUCUAUCUAUCUAUCUAUCUAUCUAUCUAUCUAUCUCCGGCCACGACCAAAAAGUUCAAAAGAAACUGAGGCCUGCUGGGGUACCCGUUCCGCUGAUAUGAUAGAUUUCAUGAAAAAGACACUUGAAGGAAUGGUUCUCAAAUUACCUAUCCCUCUUCAAAUCACACGAGGUAAAUUAGUAGGUCAUAUCUAUCUCUUAUGGGCUAAUGUGUUGGCUGUAUAG